GUGGAUGAUCGCGCGCACUGAGCUCGCAAGUCAAGGCAGAGGACAAAUAAACAGGACUUCCUCCUUUAACAUUAACCGUAUUUUAUUAGGGCUGUUUUUUUAAAGUAUCACUCGCCAGAUAAACUAAUGUUCAACUAAACACAGUGAGCUAUAUCACACCUGUACUCACCUGAGGCGCCACAACACUUCCACUGCGCCCGCGUUCUGCGCUAAUUGAAGCGCUUCGCAAUAGGGCUUGACGGUCCCUCGCUGGCUUCCGUAGUCAUAGAGGAAACAUGGCUUCACCCUCAAGUAAGGCAUUUCUGUCCCUAGGUCGAAUAUAUAUUCCUCUCCUUGGAUUUAACAAAUCCUCCGGGAAAGUCACAUAUGCAACGGCUCUGUCUAUAAAUUCUUCUUCUGGAAAUAAAGGCCUUCCAGACAGAGGUGGUAGAGGAUCCUUAGGUCGAAGACCCCGAAGAGAUGCAGGGGAGCCCAGGACAGAAAAGAUGCCGGUAGAUCAGGACUGGACUGCAGUUUAUCCAGCGGCAGCCCCCUUCAGACCAAGCUCCGUCCCCCUCCCUGUGAGGAUGGGCUAUCCUGUGAAGGGGGGCAUUCCCCCAGAGAAGAAGGGCAAUUUGGAGCUAAUCAAGAUACCAAACUUUCUGCAUUUGACACCAGCAGCCAUUAAGAAACACUGUGAAGCUCUGAAGCCUUUCUGUACAGAGUGGCCCUCUGCCUUGGACACUGAUGCAAAGUGUGACGAGCAUUUCCCCAUUAAAGUAGAGAGCACAGACUAUGUGUCUGCUGGCCCUUCUCUCAGAAACCUUUCAGCUCGUAUUGUUCAUCUCAGAGUAAAGCUGUCCAGUUUGAACCUAGAUGACCACGCUCGAAAGAAAAUGAUCAAACUGGUUGGCGAGAGAUACUGCAAAGACACAGAUGUCCUCCGCAUCAAAACCGACAGCUGCCCACUGAGACAGCAGAACUAUGACUAUGCCAUGUACCUGCUAACUGUUCUCUACCAUGAGUCUUGGAAAACUGAGGCCUGGGAGGCUGAAAAGACUGUGGCAGACAUGGAGUACAGCUGGGAGGACAGCCCAUCUCAGAAGAAUGUCUUGGAUUUACUGCUACGCAUGAAAGUGGCAGGAGAGGGAGAUGGUGAAGAAGUGCGACAGCAGCUGCUGGGAAGGAGAGAGGUUCAGGAGUAUAAAGACUCUGUCACAAGGCUGAAGAAUGAAGGAGAGAGCGAGAGCGGCAUGCUGCAAUACAAAGAGGCAGUCAAGAAAGUAUUCAGUCUGUAAUAUCACAGUGACCAAUGCUUCAUAUGCAUAUGGAGCAAUAAGGAGCUGUAGUGAAGUCAGCAGAAGGGUUUUUACAUACUUGUUACCUCAUAAUUUUGGGGGCUCAUUAUUGUUCCUGUACAUAAUACAUCAGGAUAUUUCAACAUUAAGGGUCUCAAUGUGUUGUGUAUAUAUUCAAAAAUAUUUACUGGCAUAUGAGGUGCUCAUUAAUACAAAAAUAAAACUACACUGUGUGCUAAGUGUUACGCAUGAAAGACAAAAAAAAAGUGACAAAGUUUCAAUGCAAUAAAAGCUGCAUUC